UUCAGUGCUAGACGUUAGUCGAGCUUUACGCGUUUAGUCGUCCAAGAUCGUGCAGCCCGUGUGCAAACAUUCCCGAGAGCCCUGCGAGGAUUCCUUUCCUGCGCGCGGCGCCAGCUGAAACCAUUACGUUCUGCUUUUGCUGAUAAUGCAAGACGGGGACAGAGAGAGCGCAUCCAAGAGAUAUAGAGAUUGUGUAACGAAUUGAUUGCAAGGAGAGCAGCUGAACAGGAUUUUGAUCUAGAAUUUAGCGAAAAAAAACUCUGUGAACCCCUUGGCCAGAGCGCCAUCGUCGUCGCCAUCGUCGUGUGUUGCGAUUUCAUUCGCUCACUCGAGAUCGCAAAACGAGACAGUGGCAGUGACAGUGAAAUUUCAAAGUCGAAACCCAACCUCAACCGCGUGCCCACAUACCUUUCGCUUUCGUUUCGCACCAGUUUCCGAGCUGCUGCUGCUGCUGCUUUCGCGCAUAACGUUGCGCUCUUUGGCGGGACCUCUGGGGGCCAGCAUCCAGCGAUCCAAAGGGAAAGCGAACCGCGGUGCAUUCGUUCUACGCGGUGCGGAGCGGUGCAGUGACUGUAUCUCUCGCGGGCGUCCGCUUUCUCUAGACAGACAGAAUCGUUCGCCGCCAUUCGCCAGCCUAGUAUAGGUAUCGUAAGACGGUUGAUCGUUCGUUCGAUCGAUCGUCAUCGAGAGAGGAUCGCUUGUUGGUUGUUGGAAUAGCUCGCGCGAUUGGUGACGCUGUUUUUUGGUGGCGUAACUGUACCGUUUGCUAGACUGUGCUCGGCCUGUGUGUGUGUGUUUUGGUGAAUUGGUGUGUUUACUGACUCGCGUGUGUUGGCGUGCUUUCGUGCUUUCUUCUGCUGGGCGUGCGGUGAGAUCGAGACGCCGCGCGUGUGUAGCAGAAGGUGAAAGAAAUUUUUCCCUCCAUCUUCGACGUGGCCAGCCUUCAGGGGCCACGCACGCUUGUGAGGCGCUUCCUCGAACCGCCACCCGGACUUUCGUUACUUUCUUCCCCCUUUUGCGCGACAGCGCAGCGCUUGAACGGCGCGACUUGACUUGACUCGGGCGUCGAUAGCGGAAGCUAAGAGGAACGAUCGUCGCGACGUCGUUGUCGUUGUCGUUGUUUUGGAUUGGCUUCCGGUUCGAUUCGUUUGCCGGUUUGCGGUGGUGCGUACCAACACCUUGCGCUUGGAAGUGAUCGGUCGAUCGGAAGUUGCAGCACGAGUUGCAGCGGAUGGUGUUUUGCUUCGUUGAAAGAUUUCACCUCGAUACAUCCUUCGGCAUCCUGCUGAUAGGCUAAUUGAUGUCCGAACAAGGCUACACGUGAAUCCGCGAGAGCACUGCAAUUGCCUUCAAGGUUGAGCUAAUUACUGGAGAGCAUACAACGUUUCUGCUUUUCUCUCACUAUUACUGCCACCGCUUGUACCUAUAUACGCUUGAGUUAUGCCACGGCGUCAACCUUAAACAGCGAGAAGGAACACGAAACUACUUCAAGUACCGAUUAGAAGGUUAACGCACUUCAUACAUAGACCAGUAAGCCAGCCAGCUUCUCCUUCGACCCCCUGGGCCCACAAUAAACGAACGAAAAUGGCCAACAUUGGCACAUUGUUGCUGCUCUGCUUUUGCCUGGCAAAUGCGCACGGUGCAGUGUACUCGCCUGGUGGCGGAGUUUACGGUGAUUCGUCACCGCGCGAUGCCGGCGGUGAUCCGGUGUUCGCUGUCGUGCCGAGCCAGGACGUCAAUCCGGACUACUACAUCACGCAGACGGUGUACGGGUUUCUGGACUUCACCACUACCAUCGGCAACACGGUGAUGAUCUUCUCGCCCCAGAGUGCCGCACCGGCAGUAACAGAACCACCGAAAACGACGGCACCACCGCCACCGGUAAUCGAGACGACGCCUACCACGACGACCACGACCGAGGAAGCGGUAAGGGAAAUCAAACCGAGCAAAACGGUCGUACUUCCCGUGCUGCCGGUGAAGGCCGAGAAGGUCAGCAUUGUGCAGGUGCUACCGGAAACACCGAAACCGCCGACCACCAAACCGGCCGGUCCGCUCAAGUUUAUCCCGAAAGCCGUACCGAAGGUAGCGAUCAAACCGAUCCUCAAACCGAAACCGAAGAUCGUCGAGAUCGUGCCGGUGAAGGCGACGACGACGACGACGACGACGACCCCGGAACCUCAGGAGCAACCCCAGGACCGGUUCAUUGUGAAGCCCGUCCCGAAAGCGGUCAUCAUUAAACCGAUCGCACCGGUUGUGAAGGUGGUAGCAACGAAGGUGGUGGAACAACCGACCACCACAACGACGACGACCGAGGAACCCAUCCCAGAGGAGGAGGAAGAAUCGGAAGAAGAACAGGAGGAACAGCAGGAGGAGCAGGAACAUGACGAAUCUCAGGCUCAGGAAGAGGAGAUCGAGGAGGAGCAACAGCAGGAAGGGCAAGAGGAUCGAGAGCAAGAAGCGGUCGAGGAAGUAAAGCCGGAAGUUGCCGAAAAGCCCAAGGCACAUGUCGUGGAAGCUGUUACUCCCGUUACUCCAACAACGACAACAACGACGACAAUGGAACAACCUGCUGAAGAGUUGGAAGAAGAAGAAGAGCAGGCAGAAGAAGAACACGAAGAGGCGGACGAGGAACACUCGCCGAUUAUGUUCUCCGCCAUAACCGAGGACGAAGUGAAAUCGAAACCGGCACCGGUUUCGACCCCGGUGACUGAGGAGAAGAACAGCAAGAGUCCCGUGGCCGUGGAAGUGAAAACGCCGCAGGAAACUCAGAACGCAGAAGAGGAAGAUGGCGAGGAGACGGAUGGGGAGGAGGAUGAAGAGGAUGAAGAUGAACCGGUGCCGGUGCUGCAGAUCGGUAACAACAUCGGCGAACCGGAGUACGACUUCCUGUCGCGUCAACCGUCGGAGUUUGUCGAGGAAACGUUCCGCGUGGUGAACCUACGACCGACGGCGACAACGGCGGCGACAACGGCAUCAGUGGGUGAAGGACGCGCCCAGAACCCGAAACCGGCCAAACCGAAGCGAGGUAAUAAGCGUGGCCACCCGACCGGACUGGUGACGAAGCUAGGCGGCACCGUGGUGAAGGAGGGCGUCACUACCGUCCACGAGACCAGCGUGAUCGGCACCUACAUUUCAGGAAAGUAUGCGCAGGUCCUACAGAGCACCUCUCAUGUCAUUCAAGGUAACAGUCAAGCGCAGGCUGCCCCGGUACCAGCGGCAGCAGCAGCAGCAGCAGUCCCGGAAGGCGGCGUCGGCGUCGGCGUCGUCGGCGGUCGGCGCGUCAAGCUCAAUCCCAGCUCGACGCUCCGCAUCCUCAAGACGGCGGCCCCGAGUCUGAACAAGACGCCACGCUACAAUCCGGAGGCCGUGCCGGCCGCCUCGAUCAUAACGCCAUCGCCAGCGUCGCAAGCGCUCGAUGAUACCGGGCUACCGCUGGAGAACCUGUUCGCCAGUCAGCCCAGCUCGAGCCUUGUGCGACCGUCGCGCCGCCUACCGGGCAGUACCGCGGGAAGCGGAAACUUCAAGAACCGCCUGAAGAACCGCAUCGGCAAGGACGACAACGAGCUGCAGGAGGCGGCUGGUGGUGGUGGUGCCGAGGAACCGAGCCCGGCUCCGGCGGCCACCAUCACUCCGCAACCCCCGUCGGCGGCCGGUUACGGCAAGAAGCCGGCCAGCCGCUACCGGAACACUCAGAUCGUGAAGCCCGCCGCCAAGAAUACAAGAUUUAAUCGCUAUUCCGCGUCUAGCGUGGAGGUGGCUACGGUGUCCGCUGUGAGCACGGCCGUGCCCGUGCCGGCCUACCAGAACCGGCGCAAUAAAUCCUCUCGUAACGGUUUCAAACCAACAUCAUCCCACAGCGUGGCGACCGUGCAACCACAGCAGCACCAGCAACAGCAACAGCAAUCACAGUACCAAUACCAGCAGCAGCAACAGGAUGCUGCCUCACGGCGUUCGUUUAAACCGCGUCCACAACCAUCGUCACCGGACCAGGAUACGCCCGGACAGACGACCAGUUUGUACAAGUUUAAGCUGAACCGAUCGCCCGGCCGCUGGCAGUACAAAUCCCCUGCCAAACCGACCGUGGCCAUCCGUAAGCAGAGCGGAGUGAAGCCACAGGCCGGACCGAACGGCAAGGAUCAGGUACUGACGGAUCAAACGUACACCAUCGCACCGAUUACCGACACGUCCGUACAGUUUAAUGAUAUUGCGCAGCCGGUGGUUGGCGAUCACGGCGAGGGCAAGGUGGACACGGACACGGACCUGGACCAGUCGGGCUCGGUGCACGGCAACGUGCUGAACACGGACGCGGAACAGGACAACCAGAUCGAGCGGCGCUACCCGAUCGAGACGCUGAAGGUGGAAAUAUCGACGCCGGCGGACUUCCGCGAUACCUACUACGAGAUUGCGACCAUCAAGUCCCCGUACACCUUCCAGGUUGGAACGGUGAAGAACACACGCUACAUCACGGUUACCUCGACUAUCGAGAAGGUGUUGGAGCAGGAAACGGCCACCAUUACCCCGUCGCUGACGGAACCACUGACGGAGAACAUUCUGGCCACGACGACACACAUCGACAAGGAGAGUAAUCUGCUCGAUUCGAGCAUUGCGACGCUACCACCGAUCGUGCUGGGCAGCGAUACCGAGACGCCACCGCUGGAAACGCUGACGGAAACGUUCAGCACGACGCAGGCCAUGCUUAAGACGCACAUUCUGCCGGUCGUACGGGAAGGGGACACGAGCAGUUACACUCUCAUCCAGACGUACCACGUGACACGGCUGGUAACGGCCACCAAAACGCUGCCCCCGAUGGAACUGUAUCACUUCGUACCGUCGAAAACGCUGAACGAAUUCAACAGCCGGUUGGAUGAGGCCGGUUCCGAGUUGCAUCUGGAGCUGGAGUUUGGUGACGAUAACGAGAAUGAGGAUGAUGAGAAGCCGAAACGGGAACGGUUGCCCUCGGAUCUCGAUCUGUCGAGCAUUGGUUCGGACUUUGAUCUGUCCGAGGUGGAUAAGACCAACAUUCCGGAGAACAUUCGACCGAAGAAGAAGAUUACGGGCAGCAACAAGGAUAAUCGUGUCACGACGGAAGCUCCCGUGACGACGCCAGCCCUGACACCGGAGCAACUGCAACAGUUGGCGCUGCUGCGAUUGCUUAAUCCGGCGGCGGCCGCCCAGAUCCCGUCGGUCAUUACCUCGUCGAAGCCGGUGGUGAAGCUGGAGACCGUCUACGAGUCGCACGUGCUGCCGAUCAUCAAUGGACAGAACACGAUCCUUAGCACGAUUUCGCGUCCGAUCGGUACGAUCACGAAGACGAAUUAUGAGAUUGUGACGACGACGUUGCCGAGCUUGCCGCUGCCACCGAUUCCUCAGCUGAAUCCUUUCCUGCAGCAGCAGCAACAGCAGCAGCAACAGUUGCAGCAGCAGCAGCAGCAACAACAGCAGCUCCAGAUCCAAUCGACUCCGGUCGUUACGCAGACGAUCGUUACCGAGACGAACAGCAAGGUGCUGAAGUUGACGUUCGGUGCCAAGACGGCGUACACCACGCUCUACUCGACGACAGUCGUACCGACGGUGCUGACCACCUACCUGACGCAGUCGGUGUCCGUGCAACCGACGGCCGCCGCCUUCCCCGGGUUUUUCCCCAAUCCUUACGCACCGUUCCCGUUCGUGGGAUAGAUUGACGGUGGUAGCGCCGGUGGUGCGAUUGUGCGAAGAAAAGCUUGCCUCUAGCUCUAGUGUAGGAUAACGAAUUAGACACAUAUCACUCUCUCUCUCUCCUUCGUCCAUCGGAACCGCUGGAUGAUGACGUAGACGAACGAAACGGACUGCGACACACCAGCGAUGGUGGCAAUUGCCGCGACAGAAUGGAAGAUUAGCAGAUGACAUCAAAUACAAUUCAAACCAGACUUCAAAGCAGCAUCAAAACAACGACUACAACCUGUACGACCGUCGAUCGGACAGACAUCACGAACUGUAACCAAGAAGGAGUGUUUGGCGAGCAACAGAAACUCCGUAAAUUCCCUUCUCCGUUACACCUGGCACUGUGGAGUAGAGGUGGAGCUGCAAAACUGUAAACCCUACGCCCGGUGUGCUAGCAUAUGGUGCCGAGGAACGAGUACGCAGUAGCUCUUAUUCUUAAAACAAUAGUCAAGGCCACCUCACGGGCCGACGGAAACGACGGCGAAAAAAAAGAAACGGAAAGGAACAAAAACUCACCGGGCGCACAGGUCCCGGGAAUCCGGUUGGAAUCCGGUGCCUUCGGGCGUUGGCGCAGCGUAAUGUUUUAUGUUAUUUGCAUGUUUUGCCGGAGGCCCUGCCCCCCACCUCUCGGGACUGACCGAUGCCUCAGAGAUGGCAUCGGAUCAAAAGCAUGACGCAACGGCGGCCAUGAAACGAAACGAGGAAAAGAAGCCGAAGACGACGAAGAGAAGGGACAUAAAAUAUUCCAUUCCGUUUAGUGGACGAAACAUUUUCCAACCCGUUUUUUUUCUGUCUGUCUGUCUGUGUGUGUGUGUGCUCCUGGUGCCUCACCACCAUCACCUCUACCACCACCACUACCAUUUGUCUGCCUCCAUUUCUUCCAUUCUUCCCCUUCCCUGCCUUCGCGAGUUCGCGGGGACGAGGAAAGUGGAUGAAAAUUUGCCUUAAGAAUAGCAUUAAAUUUAAUUCCGAGUAGAGCACUAUAAAGACCUUAAAAAAAUUGUUUGCUGGUAGGGGGUUCACAUUUUUCUCCCAUCGGUCGAGCCGCCCUUCGUGCCUUUUUUUUAUUGUGGUGGCAAGGGUCUUUCCUUUCCUGGUUUGCCGCCAGAGGGCUGCGCAUAUUUUGCGCCCGAGUCCCACGAAGCGCCAAGUUGAUACCAAGAUCCCCGACCCCCUCGAAAAGACAGAAGAACAUGGUGCAUAGAGCUCAAGUUAAGUUAAGUGCAAUUAUGAAAGCUGAGAUUGCCGCAGUGUAGAGCUGUACCCGUAGUGUAGAACGUUGCAAAAGGAUAGCACAAGGUUUGGAGUUCAAGUGUUUUAAUGUUCGUCUUCAUCAGGACGAACACGCUGCCGGCACGGAACCCUCAUAAACGGAUAGUUUUGUAAAUAUUUUAUACGAUUAUUGAAUGCCCGCCAUUCGGGGUUUGCCACCAUUGGGGGCGAACUCGAAGUGAAGCGUUGUACUGUUAACGUUACGAGCAUCGAUCAACUGGGUCGAUGCACACGGCCGCAAUCCGCCAAGGCCAACGAAACGAUCGCUCCUAUUAUGUGUAUUUGUGAACGCGUACUGAACAAGAUAUUGCUUCUCUUUUUUAUAUCUUUUGUAAAUAAUUUAUUAAUCUCACCGCACGGUGACAAAACAAUGGCAUCCCCUUUCUUUGCUUUCUUAUGUUUUAGCCAACGAUCGAUAUUCAAUGUCCAUUAUCCAUUUAGAUGCGUAAGACAAGUAGCAAGUAGCGUAAACUGUUCGAUUAAGCUGCCGCCUCGUAAUUCGACGUUCGAACACUCCAAUACUCAGUACAUUUAAUCGCUGCACGGCAGUACCGAUUUUUGCGAAUUGAGCGAAUUGAGUUUUUAUCCUUAUCAUUUCCUAUACUAAUCGAACUUUGCAAUAGCCUUUGAAUAUCUGUUGUACAUAAGAUGGCUGUCGUCCAUUCCUACGCCCAUUGUUUUUUACGCUAUUCAAUUACCUGUUUGCAACCGAUAGCUCAAACUAUACGAACUGCUCGAAACGAUUUUUAAUAAAAAGUUUUCA